AUGAGAGCGCCCGGGACGUUUAUAAACACGGCUGCAGACCUGCCACUCAUCCCCACGCCCUGCGGCCCCAUCAAACCUUGUUCAGAGCUCUCAUUCCCUGUGAAGAUCUACUUCUGUGUCACCAUUUUGUCCCUGCUGAGUGUCAUAGGGCUAACCAUAGAGACACUGGUUCGACAGACUGAGGAGGAUUUCACCAUUUCUCUUAUUCAGUUAGUUGGAGUUGUGUUCUGUGUGUACUACGUGACCAGAGGAAUCCUGCAAGAGAAUCGCCAGGAGCUCAUUGUUUUUGUCCUCUCCAUCUUGUUAGUGAUGCUUCGUUCCAUUGUCAACUUCACUGUUCUCUCUGCUGAGCAGAAGCCAAAACUCCUGGCUCGCUUCAUUCUGAUCCUCUUGGUUGGUUCCUUUGAUGUGAUCUGUGCCAUCAUCCUCAUCCAGAGUCAAAGCAUGAUGGCCUUUCGAGUGGGUGGUGCCCUAGAAAGCCUCCAGUCCCAAUACUUCAUGCUGAACCUCUGUUUUUCCAUGUUGACCUUUGAUCUUCAGGCACAGCUCUGUUUGUGUAUUCUGCUGAUAAGCCUGCAUGAGAUCACCCUUCUACAUAACAUCAUCUCAGCAACAGGGGCUCUUUGGGCCUGCCUGAAGGUGACCAUUAGCAUCAUUGCAAUUUUAAAAGAGCUGAAGCCUCUAGUGUGGAUUUUUAUGAGUCAGAAUGUACCUGAAGUAGUUUAUCUCAUCUACCUGCUCUGCACGGUGAUAAGGGAGUGGGGCAAAGGGAAUUCUUACACUCUGGAAGCUGCUUUCAUUACUGGCUCUUGCAUUUCUGUUGCAAUAAAAUCUGUUCUGUUUUGGGCACUGUUCCACGUCUACCGCAGCUUUGGGCAGGGGCUGAGAGAAAGAAUGUUUUCUUCCUAUGGAAGGAUCGACUCCUGAGCACCCCCUUCGUGUUCUGGCUGCAGCUCUUAAGAGUGAAGUCAGAGCUGGGGAAGCUCUGAUCAAGGGACUCUCCUCCAGGAUGUAAGAUAAUGGGUCAGUUUCACAGAGGAGGGGAAGCUGCUCAGAAAAAUGUCUACACAUUCCUUGGUUUGUGUUGUGCUAGGGAGCUAUAGCAGUGCAGCUGGUAACUUAGUUUAAAAAGCAAAGUGCACUCGGGAAAUUAACAGUAAUCCUCUCAAUUCACUGAGUUUUGCUGACAGGACAAUGCAUCUCUCA